AUGACUUCCGAGGAGGUCUCCGCUCACUACAAUGCCGUCCCGCAGCAGAAGAUCGAGGAUCGCGAGAACAGCCGCAUCUUUUACAUGCGCAACAUGAACAACUGGUUGAAGGCGCAGCUCAUCACUGACAUCUCGCAACGGCUGAAGCGCGCAAGAACGCCUCGCCCACGUGUGCUUGACAUCGCCUGCGGGAAGGGAGGAGAUUUGCGCAAGUGGCAGAACGCCUUCGUCAGCAGCGCCGUUUUUGCCGAUGUUGCCGAUGUGUCCAUCGAGCAGGCGAAGGGGCGCUACGACGAGGGACAGGAGCGAGCACGCGGCCAGGGCAAAUUUCCGGCGCAGUUCAUCGUCGCCGAUUGCACGAAGGAGUUGCUGGCCGAGAAAUACGACGACCCCACGCCGUUCGACCUCGUCAGCUGCCAAUUUGCGCUCCACUACUCGUUCAUCUCCGAGCAGGGAGCCAGGACAUUCCUGACCAAUUGCACAGAGCGUCUGCGCCCGGGCGGCUAUUUCAUCGGCACGCUGCCGGACGCCAACCGCAUCGUGUGGGCAGCACGACAGGGCAACGGUGAAUUCAAGAACAGCGUCUGCUCGAUCAAGUACUCCAACCCGAAGGAGAUUCUCAACGGCGCGACGCCGCCGCUCUUUGGCGCUGAAUUCCACUUCACCUUGGAUGAACAAGUGAACUGCCCGGAGUUCCUCUGCCAUUUCCCGCUGCUCGUCCAAAUGCUCGAAGAGCUCGACAUGGAGCUGGUGAUGCACAUGCCGUUCCCCGACGCCAUCAACCACUACAAGAAUGCACCGGACGGUCUCCAGAUGAUGGACCGUAUGCGGGCACUUGAGCUCUACCCAAAGGACAAACCAUCCGGUGGCCCCGACGAUUACGAGAAGGCAGCUGCAUACCAGAAGAUGUUCGAGUGCUUCAAAUUGGGAACACUGUCGCUGCCCGAGUGGGAAGCCGUCUCCAUGUACCUGGUAUUUGUCUUCAAGAAGAAAGGAUCUCCUGAACCGCCGAAAGAAGCGGCGAAUGGCCACAGCGAACAGGCCUCGCAGCCGGAUGCCGAUGGAGAUGGCGCUGAAGUUGAGGCGAGCUCGGAGGUGGAACUCGACGACCCCGUUGCCACCAAGCGAGCCAAGCACGAA